AGCUGCUCUUCACAGAACCUCACAGCUAUGUUGAAACCCUUUGGAUUUUAUUUUUGUAUUUUUGUUCAGCUGUCUUUGGCAGCAGGACUGAAUGCUGAUCAGAGUGUUCAGACGACUCCAUUCAACUCAAAUGUGGGAAACAGGGCACAUCUUCAGAUGAUUCCGCCAAGCUUUGACCCAUCACACUCUGAUCCUGGAGACACUGGAAAGUGGUCAACUGAUCCUCACAGAGACAUCAAGUUGAAACAAAUGAGUGCAGUUAAUACUCGUGUAGAUUUGUGGUUUACAGAACCUCAGAUUUUAUCAAUGUCAAAGACACAGUGUCAGAGAAUCACUCAGAACUGGAAUCCUGCUUUUCAUGCUCUGUCCUCUGGAAAUCAGACAAUACCUGCUUGUGUAAGAGGUGUUUGUCUCAUUGAUGAUGCCAUCCCAGUUUAUUUGACUCAUUCAAAUGGUUUUAGAUUCAGCCAUAAUGACAUAGUUGAGACAGAAAUUAUGUCUAAACAACAAUAUAUGACCCAUGAAAAACAUGACACUAAAUACACCCACCCACUAAUUACUAUAGUAAUUAUGGAAGAGGACCCUGCAGUGAUUGAGUCAGCCACUUACCUGUAUGAGAGGCAUUCCAGUGGAUCAUCUCUGCUGAGGUAUCAGAAUGGGGCACUGCACACUCUCAGAGGAAGCAACUCCUUUUCAACAAGAAAUCAUGAUGUCAUACUUGUUGGCCAUGGCAGCAUUGGUAACAAUGGAACAGUCCAACUGGCUGGGUAUGGCUCAGAAGAAAUUGUCAGAUUUGUGUCAACCUUGAAAAAUGAAAGCAUCUUUGGUCAUCUUGGCACCAUCAACCUUAUCAGUUGCAACCUUGGAAAUGACCCACACUUUAUGUUGCAGCUGCUACAAGUUUUCCAAUCUCUUGGUGUAGAAACAAAGCUGUACCUGUACAAUGCUGUCCUGUCCGUUAGCUCUGCUGGAGACAUAAUGACUAGAACUGAUGGAGUCUGGAGGGCCCAUGACCACAGCAGAAGAGUCAUUGCUGAACUAGACCAAAGAGGUGACCUGCUGACCAAAGUGGAAGUUGGCUGCGCAGGACCAGUGUUCCCUGAUUAUAAAGGAAAUGAUUUGUAUCUGCAGACAUUGGAGUGGCCAAGUCACCCCCAAAUGUUUGUUCCAAUGGAGCUGCGCAAAAAGUACCAGUCUAUAGACUGCCUUGAGGGACUUACUUGGAGCUUAUUCUUUGAGGAGAAUGAAAGAAGGCGUGCUCCUGAUUAUGACCCAAACCGUGAUCAAAGACAUUUGAAAGCCAUUUGGCUUACAGAACCAGCACCAAAAGAAGAAAACAUUGUCUUUAAGCAUAUUGUUAACAUUCAGGAUCUACUUGUGGAGAUACGGUACAAUGCCAGAGAAGAAGUUGCAUCAAACCUUUACUAUGUUCUUAAUGAAUGCAUUUAUAAAGUACAUGGGAAAAAUCUUAGUGUAAGUCUGGCAGGCAAGUUCAUUUCCCCUGAAAAUCAAGCUGAGAUUGAACAGUUCCGUCAGAAUUUCAAUGAGCAGCAGGGUGAGUCCUCUCUGCAGGAGCUGAGACAGGGUCUCAAAGCAUCCAAAUUCAAUGACUUCUGUCGACAGACUUUCCAGUUCCAACAGUGUAGUUACAACUGUGAGAGAUGGGGUCACUACUUCAUGGCAGCAGUGUUUUCAGCAUCUGUGCGUAACUUCAGAAUCUUCUCACUUUUUCUCAUGAGUGUCAUAGGCUGUGAAGUAGGCCGCUCACGGGGAACUGACAGCCCCCUGUGUACAGCAUUUGUUGAAGAUGACCAUCCCAUGGUUACUGAGCAACCCUGGCCUGACCGUCUGCGACGAGGAUUCUAUGGCUGCACUGUUGACAACUAUGAAAUGGCUCCACAAAACAGACAGAUUUGGUUAGAUCAAGUUGUUGCAAAAGAAAAUGCACUGUACAUCAAAUCAAAGCAGAUGAUGAAUGCUGCUGACCAUGAUGAGCAAACAGAGCUGGACAUCUUUGGGAGGGUCAAAAUCAUGAAUAAGUACGUGUUCUCAUCUUAUCUAGAAUUUUUUCGAGGUACACCUGAGGGCAAGAAACUCAAGAGAGGAUGUACUCCCUCUUUCCAUGAUAAUUUCAAUCCAUAAUGUUGGUGGAAUGUGUGAUUAAUGUAGUUUAUUUAAUUGUGUACCCAUUGCUAGUUGGCUCUAGUAUUCUUCUGCCUGAUAUAACCCAGCAAUAAAAUACUGCAUAGUCCACUUUUACUGCUUCAGCUUGCAGGGACAGAAACACAUCUAAUCAUGUUUUAAUAGCUGGAAGAAUGGAAAUGAUCUUGAUAAUGUAUUAAUUGAAAGUAAUAAGGCAUUACAGCAGUUUUUUUCUUAUUAAACCAAUAAAUGAUUAUAUGAUAACAAAUUCAGUAUUGGUUAUUCCUUUAUAUGUUUAUUACAUCAUUUUCUUAUGGUGUCACAAAGGUCAGAAUACAGAGACUUACAAAAUAUAAAUACAUAGAAAAUGCAGAAUCACAUAGGAUGAAGCAUUACUAGUAGAAACAUAAAGGGACUAUAAAGGA